AGAUUUUUAAAUAAAUAAAAUAAAAAAUUUAGAGUUUGAAGACAAAAUUUUCACGUCAGUAAUCCCGACAAGAACAAUAAAAUCUGAUGUUGUCUGAAGUAUCUUCGUUGGUUUCUCCGAAACGUGUCCACCUCCAGUCUCGCCGCGUCAACCAUUGAUUUUUCUCUCUAAAUUCAUCACAAUCCCAGUUUUGCAAGCAAAUCCGAUUCCCUUGUGUAAGUAGCUUCAAAUUUCUUCCGUUGUUGAUAUCCCAAAAUGAAUUCCACUCAAGAAAUUAUUGAUUCUGAUAACCUUUUUGAUCGUCUACCAGAUGAUAUUGUGUUAUCAAUCUUCAGCAAAUUAGGAGAUGCAAAAUCCCUUUGUAUUUCGCUGUGUGUUUGUAAGCGUUUUCGUUCAAUAAAUCUUGAAACUGACCAAAUUUUUCUUUCCAUUCCUCGUAAAAGAACACUUGUAAGAGACUGUGAGACACACUCAAGUUUCUUCAAGAAUCUUGUUUUUAGAAUUUUGAUAAAAUCCGUCCGAUUUAUUUCUCAAAGAACCAAAUUCGAAAAAAAUAAGAAUGAUGAUGAGGAUUAUUGUUCUUAUUAUCCUCCAAGUGAAGUUCUGAAGUCUUUUCAAGAAAUUCGGUUACUUCAUCUUAGACUGCCAUGUCAUGGAAGUGAAAAACUGGUUUCAAAAGCUCGUAAGAAGAGUAAUUCAACUUUCUUGAAAUGGAAAGCAGAAUUUGGGAGCCAACUAAAUAAUUGUGUGAUAUUGGGAGCUAAAUCUUGGAUUGAGAAACCCGAAAAUGGAGAAAGUUUGCUCGAAUCAGACUCCGAAUCGUCUGUAAUUGAUGAUCAUGAGCUGAAGUUGAGGAUUGUUUGGACAAUUUCAUGUUUGAUGGCAGCAUCCGCCAGACAUUAUUUGAUACAAGAAAUCGUUAAGGAACGUGAAAUGAUCGAGAAAAUUGAGGUGUCAGAUGAAAGUGAACAGGGGAGGCUUUGUAUGAACAAGGAACAAAUUGAAGAGCUGAGGAGUUUGAAGGAGAGAGAUACAUUUUUGAGGUAUAGGAUGAGAGUACCUGCUUUGAAGAUGAAAAUAUGGUACAUGAAAAAGUUGGAGUUGCCGGAAUCAGGGGAGGUUCUGGAGGGGGCGACGCUAGUGGUGGUAAGGCCGGUUGGCGGUGGAGGAGAUUAUGUAGAUGGUGGAAGUGGUGGUGAUUUGGUGGCUGAGGUGUUUGAUGGGGCAGAGGAAGUGGUGGUGCUUGGUGAAGUAGUGAAGAAAUUGAUGGGGGCUAAAUGUUACACUUUAGAAAUGAAUUCGUUCUGAUUUUUCUUUAGUUGGUUUAUGUUUAGUCAGCUUUUACCUUUUACCUUUUCCUCUGUAAAUUUCUUACUGAAAUUUAUAUUUAUCUCAAAAUUAAGCUAUA